AUGCUGUCUCCAGAUGAUCAACCUUCCAUUCCCAGAAGGCCCAAUAAGUCACCAAAAAAGACAAAUAGUACCAUCGUGUCUUCCGAUUGCGGGGAAAUUGAAGCGGAAACGCUAGUAGUCGAACCUCUAGUCCCGAGAAGACCAAAGAGAUCAAGUGCAACAAGUGAUCCAUCCGAUCAAAGCGAGAAUCUUAGCGUAACAAGUUCUUCAAGUUCUUCAAGUUCUUCAAUACCUAUAGUACCUUCACGUCCAAGAAAAAGUGGUCCAGAACCUACUGACGAUAAUACCCAAAUUCAAGAGCCAGCUCCAAUUGCUCAAGUAGUUGAUGCAAUCGUUCCAUCGGAUUUGACUAAAGUAACUGAGGUAGCAGGAGAUGAUUCUCCAUCUCAAGAAGAUAGUGCCGAACCAUUGAAGGAAAAUACUGGACAUGCUCAAGAAGAAGUAAGCGAAGGAAAUAUUGCGGAACUGAUAGCCCAUCCAGUUGAAAAUAUCCUUCAAACAGAAGAAUCGGUUACCUCUACAGUUAACGAAUCUGUUCUUAAUUCGAUGAAGAUCGAUGGGUCUGUUAUUUCGGGAGAUGGAGAUGGAGACAAAACCCCAGGAAAUUCCAAUACAAAGAUUACAUUCAAAGAUGAAGACGACAACAACUCCCAUAUCGGUUCCGAUGAGUCGAGUUUCAACGACGAUGUUGAAACCGUACUGCAAGAAAAGGAUGACAAUGAAUUGAAUUGCAGGCAAGCAGAAAAUGACAUUCCCAAUCUGGAAGGGGAAAGAAGUCAAGAUUCAACAAAAAAGGUUGAGAUUCUCCAGCUUACUUCCUCCAACUUGGAGCAGAGCAAGAGGGAUCUAAGUCAUCAAAUCGUUCAUAAUAAUUAUGAGAAGGCUGAAUACAAGGACGAUGGGCAGCAAUUAAAUACAGAAAAUCCUAAAAAGAAAACCCCAUUUGUUCCGAGACGUCCAAAGCUCUCAGAGACCGAAUUUGAAAAAGAAGCUAAAUUAAGCGUCGAAGACUUGAAACAAGGCAAUAUAUUUAAGGAGGAGAAGGAGGAUGAGGGAACCGAAUCUGAUAUAGGCAGUAAUUCGUCUACUUUGGAUCCACAGCGAACGAGUUUUGUUAUGAAACCUCCUAUCGUUCCUUCACGUCCAAAGAAAAACAUCAAUUCUUCAACAUUACAAGAAGAAGGCAACAAACCCAGAGCCCCACCUCCAAAGCCGAAAAAGUUAGGUUCCAGAAUAGCAGCAUUUCAACAGAUGCUUAUUCAGGAGCCUGCACCUCUGCAAUUAGGCUCAAAACGAGAAUCAAAUCCUCCUCAGUCCUUUAACAAGAAGCUUUCAUCUGAUAAAAUUAAGUUCGCGGAAAGCUUGCAAGGAGUUGUCGGAAAGGGGGUUCCAUUACCUGGCUUGGCCAAUUCGAACUUAAUUCUCAAGGAGAGCACUCAAGACGAAAAGGAAAGAAUAAGAGAUUAUUCCGCUGAACCAAUAAAGACAAGAAACGAUAGAAGAGCAAGAGGUCCAAAAGGGAAAAGACUCCCUAAAUCAUUACAAGAACCAGUUAGAAUUGAAAGUGAAUCAAGAUACAAGUUGGUAUCCUAUGAUUUAUGGGAGGUUAAUCUAUCUUCUCAAUUAAACAAAGCAAAUGAAAGCGAUAAAAUGAAAAAGGGCUCAACAACCGUACUUCCAAAAUUUGGCACUUCUGGAUGUGAGCAUUACACGAAUCUUGCUCCUAUUGACUCUAAAGACAGCCUUGGAGAAGAAAUAAGCGAGACAAAUGUUUCUGCAAAUAAGAAAUUAGAAGAAACAGGCGAUAACCUGAAAGAGGUACCUUCAGAGUCAUCUGUUCUUAAGGGAUCAGACAAAGAGGAGCCAUCCUCAAUAAGUGAUGAUUAUGUUCUGAUUGAGAAAUCGUCUUCACAGGGAGAGGAUCAGGUUGACAACGAUACGGAUUGA